AUGUGGAGGCGCGGCAGCCGCUUGGCGGCCGCGGGCCUGAACUCGGGACCACCGCUUCUGUUGCUACUGCCUUUGCUGUUGCUACUGCUGAUGGCGGUGUCCGGCGCGGGCGCAUCUAGGCGCUCGGCGCUGUACUCGCUCUCCGACCCGCUGACGCUGCUGCAGGCGGACACGGUGCGCGGCGCAGUGCUGGGCUCUCGCAGCGCCUGGGCGGUGGAGUUCUUCGCGUCCUGGUGCGGCCACUGCAUCGCCUUCGCCCCGACUUGGAAGGCGCUGGCUAACGACGUCAAAGACUGGAGGCCAGCACUGACUCUCGCUGCCAUGGACUGUGCUGAUGAAGCCAACAGCGCAGUCUGCAGAGACUUCAACAUCCUGGGCUUCCCAACUGUGCGGUUCUUUAAGGCCUUUUCCAAGAAUGGCUCAGGAACACCACUGUCAGUGGCUGGAGCUGAUGUGCAGGCUCUGCGAGAGAGGCUCAUUGAUGCACUGGAGACCCAUCAUGACACGUGGCCCCCAGCCUGCCCUCCACUGGAGCCUGUCAGGCUGGAGGAGAUUAAUGGAUUCUUUGCAAGAAACAAUGAAGAGUACCUGGCCUUGAUCUUUGAAAAGGAAGGCUCCUAUCUGGGUAGAGAGGUGACUCUGGACUUGUCCCAGCACCAGGGCGUGGCGGUACGUAGGGUCCUGAACACCGAGGAGGACGUGGUGAGGAAGUUUGGCGUCACUGACUUCCCAUCUUGCUACCUGCUGUUUCGGAAUGGCUCUGCCUCCCGGGUACCUGUGCUUGUGGAAUCCAGGUCCUUCUACACCGCGUACCUGCAGAGGCUCUCUGGGGUCACCAGGGAGGCUGUCCAGACCACAGUUGCACCAACCACAGCUAACAAGAUUGCUCCCACUGUUUGGAAAGUUGCAGACCACUCCAAGAUCUACAUGGCUGACCUGGAAUCUGCGCUUCACUACAUCCUACGGAUAGAAGUAGGCAAGUUCUCGGUCCUGGAGGGGCAGCGCCUGGCAGCCCUGAAAACAUUUGUGGCCGUGCUGGCCAAGUACUUUCCUGGCCAGCCCUUAGUCCAGAAUUUUCUGCAUUCCACCAGCGACUGGCUCCAGAAGCAGCAGAGAAGGAGAAUUCCAUACGGUUCUUUCAAAACUGCCCUGGACAGCAGACAGGAGGGCGCUGUUAUUACCAACAAGGUCAACUGGGUUGGCUGUCAGGGAAGCGAGCCUCAUUUCAGGGGUUUUCCCUGCUCUCUGUGGGUCCUCUUCCACUUCCUGACUGUGCAGGCAGCUUGGAAAAAUUCAUACCACCCACAAGAACAAGCCAAGCCCCAGGAGGUCCUCCAAGCUGUCCGGGGCUAUGUUCACUACUUCUUUGGCUGUCGAGACUGCGCUGACCACUUUGAGCAGAUGGCUGCUGCGUCCAUGCACCGGGUGAACAGUCUGGAUGGUGCUGUACUCUGGCUCUGGACUAGCCACAACAGGGUCAAUGCUCGCCUCGCAGGUGCCCCCAGUGAGGACCCCCAGUUCCCUAAGGUGCAAUGGCCCACCCGUGAAUUGUGUUCUGCCUGCCACAAUGAGCGCUGGGGUAAGCCUGUGUGGGACCUGGGUGCCACCCUCAGCUUCCUCAAGGCCCACUUCUCUAGGAGUAACAUGGUCCUGGACAUUCCUCAGGCUGGGCCAGGCCUCCGGGCUGUUAGGGAGCAAAUAGCAGGCACCCCAGAGCUGGUGACUGGAAACUCAACUCUGAGCCCUGAGGAGACUGCAAUCAUAAUGGGCCCAAGGACAGAGUCCCCCAGAAACACCAUUUUGGAUGUUCCCGCUGAGAGACCUGGGACAAGUCAUGCCCAGGAACGGGGCCCUGGCCCGGGUAUGACCAGCACUACACCGGACCACGGACCUCCUAAGCACCUAGUGGAGCUUCCAGGGGAGGAGCUGGAGCAGCUCCAGGGGCAGCGACGCUUGAGCAAACGAGACACAGGGGCCAUGUUGCUGGCCAAGUUCCCAGCGGAGAAGGACCUCCUCAGGGGCCCUUCAGAGUUGAGACGAGUGGGGCGCAACUCCAAGCAGUUGGUCAGCUUCCCUGAGGAGGAACCUGAGGCCAGGGCCCAGUGGGGCCGACGCCAGUGGCUGCAGAUGUUGGAAGGGGGCUUCUCCCACCUGGACAUCAGCCUCUGUGUGGGGCUUUACUCCCUGUCCUUCAUGGGCCUGCUGGCCAUGUGCACCUACUUCCGGGCCAGGAUGAGGGCUCUGAAGGGCCGUGCCAGUCACUCCACAGCUUGA